UUGAUGUUGGCUGUUUACGAUUCCAAUUACAACCAGGCUCAGCUAUACGCCUUACACAACCUCAUCGUCAUCAAGAGAAAAUGGUUCCAAGUCUUCUCGGAUUCCUUACCAUAGCUAUUGCCGCCACAAGCGUGCUCGGCCAUGCUGUUGUGAAGGUUCCCACCCCUCGUGGCGCUGGUUCCUACUAUACGCAGCGGUGCGGUAAGACCUAUGCGGAAUAUAUGGAAAAGGACAGAGCUGGUCCCAUCGAGGACGGAGUCGCGAAGGCCGGCGCGGACUUGAAGUGUAAUGCCUUCCUCUGCCGUGGCUACCAGUACGAGGACAACUCCGCGACCGAAUACAAGCCUGGCCAAGUCAUCGACUUCAAGGUUGACCUAAUCGCCGGCCAUCGCCCCGGUUAUGCGAAUGUGUCGAUCGUUGACCUGGCAAACAACAAGAUCAUCGGCAGCCCACUACGAUCCUGGGAUAGCUAUCCGAAUGCAACCGCGACGACCCCUCGAUCAGACAUCAACUUCAACGUCACCAUCCCUAGAAACCUUGGGACUGUUUGCAGCACCGGCGGCAAGUGCGCCAUUCAAUGGUACUGGUAUGCAACCAGAAACCAACAGACAUAUGAGAGCUGUGUCGACUUUUAUGUCAAGUCGUAAGAAACUCAAUUUCAGGUUGGGCUUUAAGUCGGGACACUCAUACGGUAUUUAGCUGUCUAAAAAUCCAGGGGAAGAGACGGCGCCAUUUCGUUUGACCAGAUC